AUGUGCGAGUCCGACACGAACGACAGCUCGAUCAAGGACUGCGAGUACUUCGACCCGAUGUCGGAGAUUUUCGGCGAUCCAGACCACACCGACGCGGUCGAAGUACGGGCGAUGCCCGGGGCGGCAGCGGCGGCUUCGACGCCCGCAGCCGACGUCCCGAUCGACAGCAACAAGCACCGCGACAUCAAGAAGGACCAAGGCCUCGACGGUGGUUCAGGACAUCGGAGGGGCAGUGGAGACCGACAGCGACGACAGACCGAUCCAGAGCGAUGGGGCAAGCGGACCAUCGGCGAAUGGAUGACACUGGAUCGUCGGGACCUACGACUGGACUGGGACAGAGCGGAGGCUGCCAACGAGAAAGACGAUCGCUACACGGGCAAGCCCUGCUACGGCGAGCACGACACGACACACCCGCUGGCGAGGCACGCCAACGGAUACAAGGUGAGCUACAAGUGCGUGAGAUGCGAGCUGGUCAUGCUGUACAUCCCGAAGCACGGGGCGACGGGCAGGUACAGGCAGAAGGGAGCUCUGGGACCGACCGUGGGAAAGAUCAAGAUCGAAGAAGUGACGAAGGAGAAGGUCACCAAGGAGAAGGCCGGGGAAUCAGAGGAGGAGGGGAUGCCGUACCCGAGCACCGAUCAGAUGAGCAAGGCCGACAUGAUGUUCGACCAGAUGCGCGACAGCACCAAGCGGAGGACGGCCCCACCGACUCGCAGGAAGAAGAAGGAGUCUCCCCAGGAGGAGAUAAACCUGAAGGACUACAGCUGGGUGCUAGAGCAGGUGACAGAAGCUGGGAUGGCGACAGACCUCUACGUGAAACAGCUGAUCGAGUUCUGCACGGAGGAGGACAGCCAGCUCGGGAAGGUCGCGGAGGAACGCGAGGACGCCGAGAUCAUCAGGAUCACGCGGAAGGACGCGGAUCUCAGCGCGAAACAUGGACUGGGGUUGGCCAAGAACCUGGCGGCGAAAAGCCCUGGAGCCGACGUCUGGGGAAGCCUACCGUGCACAGCCGUCAGCGCGCUUCGCAGCGGUUGCAUCGGCAGACAGGAUGGCCAGUACUGGAAGAAGCUCGAAGCACGAAAGAAGAACCUUAAGAAGAUCGUGAAUCACUUCAUGGAAGUGAGCAGGAUUGUCAAGGACAAUGGUGGGGACGUGCACUUCGAGUGGCCACGCAACUGCCAUGGCUGGAAGUACUUCCCGGAGCUGAUAGAGUUCUUUGGUGAGCUGGGCAUGGAGAAGGUGAACUGCGACGGGUGCCAGGCCGGGGUGGUCAACACCAAGGGCGAGCCGAUAUACAAACCGUGGGCGCUGUGGACCAGCAGGAAGAAGCUCGCAACGGCCCUGAGUGGCAAACGCUGCCCAGAUCCCCAAGUCGCAGCCGUGAAGCAGAUCAAGUGCAGCUCGUGCAUUGAGAAUCAGAUAGCAAGACCCAGACCAGCAGCGGUAAUCGAGCCAGCUCGAGAUCUAUGGCAGGCGGUCGGCAUCGACGUGAAGGAGAUCGUAGGCAACGACCAGAUCAAGCGGAAGUACCUUGUGAUCGUGGACGAGGCGAGUAAGCUGACGCUGGAGGUCAAGAUCUUCUCAAUACCCGCCCAGGAGUCGACGAACUGCGCCGCCAAGGAGCUGCUGGAUGCGUUCAGAGGACAUUGGACAGAUCGGCAUGGGAUGCCAAGCGUACUGAGGCUCGAUCCGGAAGGAGCAUUCGUGUCACACGAGUUCUAUGACAGUAUUGCAGGUGAAGGAAUACAGGUGGAUCCGUGUGCCACCCAGGCUCACUGGCAGAAUGGCAUCGCGGAGCGCGCAAUCAAGACGGCGUUCGAGUGCGCCAAGGCCAUGCGUCGUGAUCAUGGGACCGACCUGGAGGCAGCUGUACAUGCGGCGGUGGAGGCACACAACGCGGUCGAGAGAGUCGAUGGAUACAGUCCGAGCCAAUGGGCCUUCGGACGAGACAAGAACUGGUCAGGGACUCUCAAGAAGGAGGAUCACCUGGACGUCGUGAAGUGCACGAACCAGAGCUACAUGGAGAACCUGUCCAUGCGGGAGCUGGCAUCAAAGAUCAUUGGACUGGAGAGUCUCAACAAGGGGGAUGUGAUUUCCGUGGACAAAGAGGACGCGCCGAUGAAUGAGGAGACCUACACACCGGAGACCACAGCUCGUGCACCAGAAGACGGAGACAAGGAGGACCACUGGGAAGAAGGUGAGUUCGAAGGCUUCAGAGCCAAACCGGAAAAGACGACCAUGGAAAGGAUCACCGUGAUCAGGUAUGAGGACGGAUCCGAGGAGACGGUCAAGGACGACAACUGGAAAGUGCAUGGGAAGUCUACGAGGUCAAUGGGACGACGCUGGACUGGCAGGACCUACCUGUUUCCCAUCACGGACAAGCCAGAGGAGAUGAAGGUAGACCAGAACGCCAAGGAGGUGAUCCAUGAGAAGGCGAAGAAGAUGGUCGUGGAGCAGGUACCGGAGACCCAUGGGGACAAUGGGAAAGACCAGCCGUCAGUGGAUGACAUCGAGAGCGAGAAGGUAGAGAACACGAAACAGACAACUGCAGGAGGAGCAGAUCUCAAAAAACGGAUCGUCGAGAAGAGAAAAGUCAAGACCGACCUGUUCGAAAAGACGAAGAGGAGGGUCAGGAUGCGGACCAACUUCGGACCAGCACUGAGGAGCUACAGUGCCUUCUUCAAUGACAAGAUCGCGGACGGUGACCAGAUGGACUGGGACAAGCUCGACUGGGAGAACUUCGACGUGGCGGCAUGGGCUGCUACGGAGAUCCAGGAGGACCUGGAGAUCCCGACGGGGAUCGACUACAUCGAGGUAGCGUUCGAGGCGUUCGACGCGAACAGUAUGAACAAGUUCACGAGGCAGCCGGAGCAGUACAUCACCAAGGCGAUGAAGAAAGGAAGGUCUGAGGCAAGUGUCAAGCACAUGACCGACGAGCAGAAGAGUCUGAUGAAGGUGGCGAAGCUGGUCGAGGUGAGAGACUGGAUCGCCAACGACGUGCUGGAGAGGUUACCGCCACACAUCAAGCCGAAGUCGUCGGACGUCCUGAAGACGCGCUGGGUACUCACCUGGAAGAAGGACGAAGCGACAGGAAAAGGGAUGCCAGACGACAAGCCGACCUACAUCGAGGCCAACGAUGAGCUGGCGGAGGAGUUCGGAGUACCUGGAGGGACAGCGGUGAGACUAAAGAAGGCAGUGUACGGACUAUGUCAAGCACCAAAGUCGUGGUACGAGAGCGUGGACACCCUGAUGGAGCAGCUCGGUGGACAACGAUGCGUGUCGGACCCGUGCGUCUGGGUUUUCAGCGACGAGAACAACAACGUGUUCGGGGUAGUUGGCACACACGUGGACGACUUCCUGAUCGCCGGAGAUGGUGGAGUUCGAUGGCGAGAGAUCGAGGUGAAGCUGCAGAAGGCGUUCCGCUGGACUCCAUGGGAGGAAGGAAGCUUCAAGCAGACCGGACUGUCGGUCAUGCAGACGGCCAGCAGCGAGAUCACCAUACACCAGAAGGAGAUCAUCGACAACAUCACCGAGAUCAACAUCGGACAAGAGCGUCGCAAACAACGGGACCAGAAGCUGACGGAUAAGGAGAUGACGAUGCUUCGGGGUGCACUGGGCGAGAUCCAGUGGGUGGCGACGCAGACGAUGCCGAAAUAUCAGGCGCAGUGCUCAAUAUAUCAGAGCAGUGGACCGACGGCGACAGUGGAGACGCUCUUCGGGAUCAACAAGCUGAUCAGACAGAUGAAGAACGAUCACGGCUACAAGCUGAAGUUCGAGAGUUUCGAGGGAGAAGGAGUGGUCGUAGCGAGAGCAAGACGGCAGCCGAUGCUGGAGGGCGUGAAGCAGGUACGAUCGUGCCUGUGCGUGGACGCUAAGAGCAUCUACGACUGUCUGGCCAAGCAGGUGCAGAUGCAGAGCCUGGCCGAGAAACGGACGGCGCUCGAGCUGAUGGCCUUCGAGAAGUGCAUCAACGAGACAGAGUUGAUUGUGCGGUGGUGCCACUCCGAGGCCAACCUGGCCGACAGCUUGACAAAGACGACAGCUACAGGGCCCAUCGACCUGUACAUGAAGACGUGGAGCUGGGCACUGGUAGACGACGACGAGCAGCUCAGUGCCAAGACGCGUAAGGAGCGCGGGAUGAGCAGGUUCGAGAACAGCAAGGAUAUCUCUGGCCUCAUCAAGAUGGCAUUCAUGAAAGUGGGAGUGUCGUUACCAUAUGCAGCAGAUGGUGAUGACAAUGAUGACGAUAACAUGAUAGUGAGUGAGCCGACAUCCUAUGGCUGA